AUGCCUUCCAGGAAAACACUAAGCGACACUUCCACUCACCCGUCUGACGAACAGAAGAAAGAGCUAGGGCCAUAUGCCUUCGAAGAGCGCAUGCCCAGCGCCCUCCUCGCUAGGCUCACCAACGAAGACGACUCCAACAAGCUCAACGGCGUGAUCCAUCAGCUUGCUAAGCUGCUGCAAGCCGACGAGACCAUCGCAAGCGCCUAUAUCUGCACCGUCAUCGCCAUCCAGGUCUCCAAAAUCCCUGGUGAGGGCAAUGUCUUCUGUGGCUACCGCAAUGUCCAGAUGCUCGUCUCGUGCCUACCAUCGAUCUCCUUCCAGGGCACAAUCGACAGCAGCACUAUCCCAGCGAUCCAACGCCAGAUCGAAUCCGCAUGGAUGAAGGGUUUCAAUCCCCACGGCAGAGUCCAAACAGGCGGCAUCCUCAACACCCGAAAGUACAUCGGCACACCCGAAGUCGAAGCCCUCCUUCUCAGCUCCGGGAUUGAACAUCGCGCUCAAGGCUUCUACGGUCCAGACGCGCACGAGCAGCUUCUGGACUAUGUGGAGGAGUACUUCUCCUCCUCCGCUUCCGAGGAGACAGGCCCUCAUGACGAUGGCGCCGCAAGCGUGCGCGUCAAACGCACUUCCCGUCCACCGAUCUACCUCCAACGACCUCGCCACUCCCUCACCAUUAUCGGCGUGAUAAGACACCAUUCCGGCAAAAGGCAUCUACUGGUGUUUGAUCCCGCGUGGAACCCUCCAUCCGCUAUGCGCAAGACAGUGACUGCGAGCGCUGGAGCGACUCCAGCAAUAGAGUACUCGUCGUGCUCGAUAUGGCCAGCCUCAUGGCGCCGUGAGUAUGUGCUCCGCCGCUAUCGGAAGUCCGAGCGGUAUCUGAGGCGUUACGAUGCUUUCGAGGUGGUCCAUGUCUGUUCCCCUACGAAUGGCGGUGCGAUGGCGUCUUCUGAGGGAUGA